UAACCAAGGAGAUAACCCAUUUCAACACUAUUAUUACCCUUUUAUUUCAGAACAAAAAGGAAAGCAAAGAAUUAUAAAAAUGGCUACGAUGGCAGCAAAUACUCAAAGACAGACGAUAGGCUGCGAGGAGUACAGUCUGUACAGCAGCCUCAGUGAAGAUGAGCUUAUAAAGAUGGCCAUCCAGCAGAGCUUGGAAGAGGACUCAGCGGGUCAGCCAGUGGCCCAGAGCCCCCAGAAGUCGCUGGUGGCCCGUGCUGGUGAAGUGGCCGCCCCAAGCCGUGCCAGCCCACACAACCCUCCCUACCGGAUCUACCCCUGGCAAAGACUGGCAGCCCAGCAGACAGGCCGUGCUCAGCCAUCCAGCUCGGGGGCAGCCUCGGGGGUCAGGCGAAGGUACGACAGCAGCCAGUUCAGCACAUCCCAGUCCGUAGAAAUUGACCCUGUUGUGGCAGCAAUCAGAGACGGAGAUGAAAAAGCAGUAUGCAACAUGAUGAAAUCAGGAAAAAACCUUUCUGUACCUAAUAAGGAUGGCUGGAUACCCCUCCACGAAGCUGCAUACUAUGGCCAAGUGGGCUGCCUGAGCUUGUUGCAAAAAGCGUACCCAGGCACCAUCGACCAGCGCACCCUCAAUGAGGAGACAGCUCUCUACCUGGCCACCAGCCGGGGCAACCUGGACUGCCUGCUCACCCUGCUGCAGGCUGGGGCUGAGCCCGACAUCUCCAACAAGGCCAGAGAAACGCCGCUCUACAAAGCCUGUGAGCGCAAGAAUGCAGAGGCUGCAAGACUCCUGGUGCAGUACAAUGCAGAUACCAACCAUCGCUGCAAUCGAGGAUGGACCGCUCUCCAUGAGGCUGUCUCUCGAAAUGACCUGGAGAUCAUUGAUAUCCUUGUGAAAGGAGGUGCCAAGAUUGAGUCAGCAAAUGCCUAUGGGAUCACUUCUUUGUUUGUGGCAGCUGAGAGUGGGCAGUUGGAAGCUUUGAGAUACCUUGCAAGAUGUGGUGCUGAUAUAAAUACACAAGCCAGUGAUAACGCCUCUGCCCUUUAUGAAGCCUGUAAAAAUGGACAUGUGCCCAUUGUGGAGUUUCUUUUGUCCCAAGGAGCAGAUGCUAACAAAGCCAAUAAGGAUGGGCUGUUACCUCUUCACAUAGCAGCCAAGAAAGGGAUUUGCGAGAUUGUCUCCAUGCUGAUCCCUGUGACCAGCCGCACCCGUGUCAAGCGUAGUGGCAUCAGCCCCCUGCACUUAGCGGCCGAACGCAACAAUGACGAUAUCCUGGAAGAGCUGAUAGAUGCUGGCUACGAGGUCAACACUGCCCUCUCUGAUGAGCGGUCCUGCCUUUAUGAGGACAGACGCACCACCCCACUCUAUUUUGCUGUUUUUAACAACAAUAUCUAUGCCACAGAGCUGCUGCUGCAGGCCGGAGCCAACCCCAAUGUUGACCUCAUUAACCCAUUACUCAUCUCCAUCCGCCAUGGCUGCCUGAAGACCAUGAAACUGCUUCUUGACCAUGGGGCAAACAUUGACGCCUAUAUAUCAAGUCAUCCCACCACGUUUCCAGCUACCAUCAUGUUUUCAAUGAAGUACCUUUCUGUGCUGAAGUACCUCCUGGAUCUGGGCUGUGACGCAGGUUCCUGUUUUGAGUGUCAGUACGGAAAUGGCCCACACCCUGCAUUAAAUUACAGGCGGGAAAGACUUAAUGAUCCUCAGGUGACCAGGGAGCCAGCUGUAGUACAGUUCUGUGAAAUGGUGUCUACUCCGGAGAUAAGUCGCUGGGCUGGGCCGAUCAUCGAUGUUCUUCUGGAUUAUGUGGGCAAUGUGCAGCUCUGUUCCCGGCUCAAGGAGCAUAUUGACAGCUAUGAGGACUGGGCUGUCAUUAAAGAAAAAGCAGAACCUCCACGACCUCUUUCCCAUCUCUGCCGCAUCAAGGUACGGAGCCUGGUUGGAAGGAACCGCAUUAAACUCCUCAACACCCUGCCUCUCCCAGACAGACUGAUCCGGUAUUUACAGCACGACUACUCACAGUGACCCCAGGCACACUGGAUAUGCAGCAGCUUCCCCAUGUGGCACCCAAUGUCACCACCGUGGCACAGGUGCACACUGGGGAGGAAUCGCUGCUGGCUUGGUCAAGCACCCUCCCAUGACUAAUCUAAGAGAAAUGUGCUUUUGGAGCAUGAGUGAGAAGAAAAUGGAGGAGACAGCUAACAUAGGAGGCUGCUGUUAGGUUUUUCAAGAGAAAACACGUAUAAUUCACCUCAGACCUUAGUCUGCAAAGAAGAAGAAAUGAAAGGCAGUACUGACAAAUGAGUAGUGCUGAAGCAAGUAUC